AUGAUGAGUGACAAGAACUAUAUGGCCAACUCCUACAUUUAUAGGAAGGGUCUGAUUCGGAAGCACUAUUUGGCUAAUACGAUUGCAAUGUACGCUUCGAAAAACCCAACUACCAUACUGAAAAAGGCUUUUCCUGAAACGUACCAGCUGGAGCUAGACUACGCCGAAUUUUUGGACGACUCUCUGGACGAAAGCUACGAGCUGCGCCAGGAUUUGGAGCAGAACGAGCAAACGCUCGCCAAAACGUAUAUUUUGAAACCGAGCAUGAGCGACAAGGGCCAGGGCAUCAGGAUCUUUCAGACGAUCGACCAGCUGCAAAAUAUCUUUGAUUCGUUUGAAGAGUCUGAGGAAAAUGGAGACGAAAAUGCCGUGAUCACGUCCCAGCUGCGCCAUUUCAUUGUCCAGGAGUAUAUUGCCAGCCCACUGCUGCUGCCAGAGUACGAAAACAGAAAGUUUCACAUCCGCACUUACGUGCUCUGUGUGGGUGAUCUCCGGGUGCUUGUUUACCAGCGGAUGCUGAUGCUGUUUAGCGACAAGCCGUAUCACAGGAAUUUUGACACUAUUGAUGGCCAUCUUACCAACACGUGCUUGCAAGGCGACACCGACAAGCUGGUUGUGGUCGAACUGGGCAAGAGCGUGCUUCCAGGACCCUCGCAAAAUCAUAUCCGGGAGUCUAUCAACUCAAUAGUUGGAGAGCUAUUUCGAGCUGCCUCCAACGACAAAAUUAAUUUCCAGCCUCUGUCAAACUGCUUCGAGACAUUCGGUAUCGAUUUUGUGGUGGACGAAAACCUCAACGUGUCGUUGCUCGAGGUGAACUCGUAUCCAGACUUUAAGCAAACAGGAGAUGGUCUCAAAGGACUGAUCCACGAGCUCUUUGACGGCAUUGUGCAACAGGCAGUGGUGCCUUUCUUUGGGGGCAAGCUACCAACCCCUAGCAGUUUCAAACAAGUACUGGAACUGACUUAA